CUACAUAGUUGAUAUUUUGAGUUGAAGAAUCCUUCAAAUACGGAGCAGACGUGUCGGGGGGUCGUCGUGUUUACUAUUUCCCUACACGUUCUCAGAAUUGUCUGUUUACGCUUGUUUCUCCAACUCCUCUUUAUGAAUGCUGACACCGCAUUGAAUUCAUUACGCGCAUUUCAUUUCCUUAGCACCGAAGCCUUUUUACAUUUGUUGAUCCCUGCACCAUUUCCUGCAGGGUCAAGCCGUGCACCCGCGUCCUGUCUCUGCCUCGAGGUGGGUAUAUCUCUUAUCGCUGUGGAAUGGAGAUUCCAUUGUGAACUGUCUUCGCCUACUCGAUCACAUACACGCGUCUUGCUGCUCCUAAUACAAACUGCCUGCCCUCACCUCGGAGCACAUCCAAUUCAAGGCUGAUAGUGUGGAUAACGGACUAGAUACUGCCACUGCUUAUAUCCAAGACCAACAACGGCGGAUAGAACGCCAAUCCACAAUGGCGUCAGAUAGCGAGAGCAUCGUGACUAGACUUAGGUCAACACCUACGCGUCGCAAGAGAAGGAAUAGCUCGAUAUCAUCGCUCAAUCACGACUACAAUGAUCUGCAGGAUUUGGACAGGAAGACGGCAAAGGCUAUAACUCGUUCCAAUACGCGAAGGAAUAAAGAGCUAUCAAGCGAGAACAAUACAGUGAACGCGUCAUGUCAGACCCCAAGGAGACGCAACAAGAAGAAAGUGCGCUUUUCGGACCCCGGCCCUCAGUUACAACCAUUUGAGGAGGGGUCCACCGGACUGACGCCGGCGAUCCUUCGUACUUCAUUUGAGGAGUGUGACAUCGCUCAAAACGAAACGUAUAAUCUUACUCCUAGUCGUCGUCAGCGGCGACAAUCGGCACCUGUCGAGAGUACACGGAGUCUUCAAGACCCUACGUUUCCUAUCGAACUGCCUCCUGUACCGCGCAUGCUUCAGUUCACACCUCUACGUCAGAUACUCGACGAAAGGACCCAGAGGCGGAUACGGAGGAUUGGGCUGAGUAAAGAAAUCGAUGAAAUUCAGCGGGAGAAACGCGAGAAUCUGAGAAAUUCCAGGGAGAUAUUGCGCCAAAAGGACGUGGAACUCGCGGCCCUGAAAGAAGAGCUAGAGGCCAUCAAGAACACUAAGAUCCCGACCGAAAAUCAUGAAAAUCAUGGUGAAAGGGGAGAAAUCUCUUCAGACUCGAAGAGAAAGAUCGCAGAAUUGGAAGCAGAAGUCAGCCGCUUAAGACACGAGAUUUCACAGUCGACUGCUGGCGCAUGGGGUGCCCUCGAUCAUCAGGCGGACCAUGAAGGGGAUGCAAUAAUGACAAAUGGUAGCGUUAUCAGCGACGACACAAUCCUUAUGUCAAACUCUUCAGAUCUCCGGAGUUACUAUUCUCGCGAAUUUGGCGCUCCACUGAGUCCUGCAUCGACUAGCGACACGAUUCCGAUCACUAAUGAUGCAUCUGCACAUGCGUCCAUAGCUGAUCCUCACCAGGAAGCAGAAAUGGUCGCAUUGUCACUUGACCUAGCAGCGGCAAGACAAGAGAAGAAGGAUUUAUUCAACGAGUGGCGCGCUCAUAUCGAUUCCUCUAACCCGGAUGACAAUGAUGGCUCGCGCCUCUCCUCGCCGCCACCUGACUUCAUGCACCAGAUUGUUCCAACGUUGAAAGCGGCCCUUGCGCGCGCUUCUGAGGCUUCUUCUGCCCUCGAGUCCGUACGGGGUGCCCUUGCAGACAUGGGAUUUUCUGGUAGUAAUGCCGAUGAAGUGAUUGCAGAGCUGCGUCAGCGCUUCCGCUCCGCCAGACUGGAACUGGAGCGUGCUGUUCCUGGGGAGACACCCAGUGUAGGCCUGGAAGAUGGAUCCUCCACCCUCAAUGCUCUAGUUGAAAGAGUCAAAAGACUCGCGAACGAGCUGGAAAGAGAAAGAGAAUUCCAUGAAGGCACGCUUGGCCGUGAGAAGGCGCUGCGCGGCCAGUUUGACGCUUGUUUAUUCAGAUACGAGGCUGCCUCCAAGAAGAUUCACGAUCCUGAAGAGACUAUUGACUCGUCUGCUGAAGACAUGUUACAUGCAAGGAUGCGGAUUCAAGAACUGGAACGACGAGGCAAUGAUCAGGCUGUCGGAAUUGACAGGCUAAACGCAGCAUUAGACAAGUAUCAUGAUGAAGUGAGAGGAUUGGAGAAGCUCAUUACGUCCAUGGAAGCAGAGGCCGCCGCAUCCAAGGAAGGGUAUAAAUUGACAAUCUUGAUCCUUGAGAAUAAGGUCAAGCAUGAGGAGACGGCCCGUCGCCUUGCUGAAUCAGCCGCAGCUGAGAAUGUGGAUCUUGUACGCGAGUUGCAGGAUACCGUCGAGCAGAAUCAGAUUCGGGUCGACGACCUGACUGCCAAGGUUGAGUUUCUAGAGAGAGAACGUAAUCAAGUUGUCGAGGCCAUGGAGAGCAAGGCAGCAGAGCAGUUGGAGCUCCACGACCAAGAGAUUGGGUCCAUGAACGUUCGCCUCUCUGAACUUACAACAUCUCUUGACGAUGCUAGGUCAGAAGUCGAAAAACUCCGACGACUAAAUACUAGUCUCGAAGAACGCCUACAGGCGGAAAUUGGAGCACGGAAUAGGCUUGCGGAUAAGUGGGCUGCAGAUCAAGCACGAUCAUUCGCCUACAUGAAAGAAGCAAUCAACGCAGAGCGCCGGGGUUCGAAGGUCCGUGCUGCGAACUGGAAGAUUAUGUCUGACGAUCUCGAGUCAGAAGCAACCAUGCCUGGCAGCGAGCCCAUCACGCCCGUUAGCAUGACGAGGUUCGUGGAUGUGGAAGUGGGACGGGGAAGGCACAGGCGAAGGAUUGACAGCGGUGUUGGCUUCGGCGUGCUUACAGAAGAAGAACUCGAAGAUGAUGAUAACGCAAGCCAGGCGUGCAUCAGCUCCGAACCUGAUCUCCCUGGGCUGCCAGGUCUUGAGGAGACGAGGACUACCAAGGCCUAAUUGUCCUGGGUAAGGCAUACAGGUUGGCGGCGUUUCAUUCUUUUCAGGAUUUCCGGAUGUUCAGUCACUAUGCAUAGAUCCCUUUUGUUUUCUGGUUGGUGCUUGUCUUUUGGCUACACGCUCGAUGUGUUUCUAUGUUUCAGCAUAUCCCGCUCUUUACAAGACCAAUGUAACAUAUAAUAUAUGCUAUUCAUUGAAUUCAUCAGACUUUAUCUUCA